CUCCGCCUGAAGCCUGGAGGACAGACACAUACAGACAGGGAAAAGAUUACACCAGGAGAACAAGACCGAGUGCAUCCCGUCUCCACCCCCCCCCUCUCUCACUCUCUCUGCGUUUGACCCCUGACCCUAUGGACUUGGCUUCUGUUUAGCUAGCUGGAUUCAGAGCGGGAUUUUCUACAAGAUGCAGAUGCAGUUGGUGUGUGUGCUUGUCGUCUUUUUGACCUGUGGCGUAUUGUGUUCAGAUGUUGAGCAGGAACAGCAGGCCAUGGAGGAGGAGUUAUUGAGCAGUCUCUUUACUUCAAAGAUGAAACAGAGCAAGCAGAGCGCCCCCUACUGGUGCGUGUCCCUGGCAAACAUGUGCAGGAUGGUGACCAGGCUGGUGAACAGCGGCUCAUGGAGAGAACAUCCUUUUAACAGCGAGGAAGACCUGGAGGAGAGGCUCAGCUCACUGCCCAGGGCCCUGGACCAGCUCCUGGAGCUGCAACACAUCUGCAGGGUACUGCAGCCCCGAGAGCUGCUUGACAACUCCCAGGAGUCCUUAGACGCCGACCAAAACAGUGACAACCCACUCAAAAGGAAAUCCCCAUAUAUUUUUAAGAGGCAGGUGAAAAACGCCAAGGCUCGGAGGCCGUACAUUUUGAAGCGGAGAACGUUUUACUGACCCACCCCCAGGAAGAGAAAGGCAAACCUGAUAUGUUUUGUGGAUGUGCGACUGUGUUCCCUGUGGUUCCGCUGCUGUUUUCUCUGUGUCCUAUAGAUUCAAACCGUAUCUCAACUGUGUCCCUCGCUAUUACGUAGGUCUCUACUGACACUGUAGUCCUGCUCAUGCUCCGCUAAGCGAGGACUAUUGUAAAUAAAAGCAAGCAAAAGCAGUAAGUAAAUGUGUAUCUUUCGAGGGACUUUAUAUUUGUUAUAUUUCUUUACUGCACAAUACGUUUAUUUUCUUUCUAAUGUGAUUAAACAAUUCAUAUUUCAAAACGA